ACAGGGAUCCAGAACACUGACUACAAUGCUAGUCGACUGCUGGUAUAUUGCUUGUUUGAGAAUCAAGUAUAGAGACAACUCAGCUAUCUAUCUCCAUUGCUUGUUCUUCAUACUAACAAGUAGCAUGUGUGUGUUUUUUUUAAUCCAUAUGAGCUACGAAGGUAGUACAAAGUACAAACAAGGGGAGGGGGAUUCGAACCUAUGACAUAUCGUUCACAGCACCUUAAUCUUAACCACUAGGCCAAGACAUCCUUAGUAACAAGUAGCAUGUGUGGUGUUCAUUGUUGACAUGAUCAGUCUUGACAUUCCUUCCCACAAACUAGCAUUGAUAUACAACGCAAUAUAAUGUAGACCCUUGCUCGUAGCAUCUUGAACGGCUUUUCUUUCGGAGGUCUGCUGUUUGUUGAACAGCUUGCCAGAUGAAUCGUCGGAAAUCUCAUCGUCAUUAUUUUUUGCAAGGGGACUUGAAUUAGGAGAAAGAACUUAUAAGAGUUUUAUUUUCAAAUUUUCAAAGUGUUAUUUAGGAUAGGUGUUUCUAUGUGUUGCAGUAGUAUAUAUUUAUGCUUAGCUAGUUAUCAUAACUGUAACAUCAGACUAAGGAGAAACCUGUGGGAAACCAGGGAGAAGGCUUAGGUUUUCUGCUAGAGAAAGUCUAGGGGUUUGCUUAGACUCUGAAUUCUAAGGCAGCAGUUACACUUACACAUUAACAGCAUGUCUGUAAUUUGUUCAUAUGCAAAACUAACUGUUAAUGCUUUUUUAAAUGAUAGCAGGUUUGAGUUUGAACAGAGUGUUGGAAAAUAUCAUAUAACCAAUUGAUCAAGAUGUUAUGAAAUUCAUGUAAAUAUUGAUGUGAUAUCAUUUAUUCAUGUCAAGUUAUUUAGCGGAGAUUUAUGUGUUUCGAUCCUCUAGAAUUGUAAAAUAACUCUACAAGGUAGAGUUUGAGCAAUAUCAACCAUUGAAUAAAAAAAUCAAAGGCUCAUAUAUUCUCUUUCUGAAAUCCCCACUAUUUUAUCUCGUUGAAAUCCACCCCUAAAUUUUUUUUUCACCAAUAUGAGCUCUUGAUUUUAAAAUAUAUGACUUAGGUACAACUCUAUCUUGUAAUGUUUCGCUAAAACUCUAAAGGAUCCGGACUACUUUAAAGAAUGCCACAAUUCUAAGCAAUGAAGGCAUGUCCUAAAACUCCUCCAUAUCUACGAAACAUAUGGGGUCACCUGUUGAAAAGGCAUACAAAAGGUUGUGUAUCCCAAAACACAGGCCAAGCACCCCUCUCUCUUUCUCCAAACUUCAAUAAUCUUCUGCUCUUUUAUGAAUCAUCUUCUGCUCUUUUAUGCCUUCAUUUACUAUUGUUAUACAAUUAUGUAACUUUAUUUCUCUCCUUGCUUUCACCAUUACCUUUUUUUCUUUUUGGAACAUUGACUUCAUAAUUAUUGUGUUUAAUUAGAUUCUCUUCCUAUGAUAAAUCUAGUAGGGCGUAAUUAUUCUAAAAUAUUGCAGGGAAAUAAGUUAUUACGCUUUAAUACUGGUUUAUGUCUACAUGAAUAGAUAGGAUGCUAGCUAGAUUAGUUGGUAAAAUUUUGUAAGAGUGACAUACAAGACUUACAAUGGGAUCUUAAUUAUACCUUUGUCUUCCUAACGCUCUCUAGAAACCUAUGUCAAUGUGUAUAUUUUGGGACAAUUUAACCACUAGGUUAUUCAUUGUCUCGUAUAAGUAAAAAAAAUUACACCCUAUAAACUUUAGGUUCUCUAAAAUACCCCUUAUUCAUCUCAAAUCCCUCAACUUCGGUUAUAAUUGAGCUUGGAUUGCAUCUCAGAGUGAGUUGCCAAAAUGACAUUUCACAAGGAUACCGAAGUAAUUUUAUAAGUUGGAAGUACCAAAAUAAAUAUAAACUGGUACCAAAACUCGAACAAAUUGGUACAAAAAUAGAGUAACCUUGAUACCACUACCAAAGUAACUCUUACAACUUUGGUACCAACAGAGUUUUGGUACCUCCAACUUAUGAAAUUACUCUAAUACCCUUGUAAAAUGUCAUUUUGACAACUCACUAUGAGUUGACAACACUUUUUCGUUGUAAUUUCAGCCACCCUUAUAUUGAUAGCCGAUGCAAGAACAAAUUCUGGCUUCGAGUGACUUGCAAGUAACCUUUUUAUAAUUGUCUUGACUCUUGCUAUACUAUCCACUAUAAACAAGUAAACAAACACUCUCAUGUCAAAAGGUCAAAGCAAACAUUUUUGGUAGGGCAACAUAACUUUUGAUCUUUUUUUCUCUGAACUUUAAAGGUUUUUGCAUUCUCGUUGUACAGUACAUUUGUAACCUCUAUACCAUUGUACAUCAGAAAACAGAAAAAGUCUACUAUACAAAUGCCAGUCAAGGUCAUCUUCAAAAAUCUUGUUCAAAGAUUCUUCAUCAAUAAAAAUCUUAAUCUACAUAAGAUUCUUAUUUUGAUUUGGAUCUUCAUCUAUGUACUUUAUCCUGGAAAUCAAAGAAUUGUAACACAACGAGGUGCUUUCCAUUUGAUAUCUAGUUCUUUCAACAUUAAUCUGAAACAAGAAUCAAAAUAACUUGCAGCAAAAAAAAUUACCUUCAAUAGCAAGGCUGAACAAAAAGUCAAUCAGCUUCUCUCGGCAAGCCGAAUGAUUUUCAUGAAAAAUCGCUUUCUACCAUUAACAUUACAUAAAUGGGGUAACCAUCUUAAACAUUCAUCUUCUUGAAAAUUGAAUCUCCAAGUUCGUUCUUAGUAAUCACGAUAAGGCCAACACCUCUGUCACUAAGCAAAGUCGCACCUAUCUUGAGCUUCACUAUUCCAGUUCUGAAGAGGAAGACCUAGGAACAACUUUUCACGGUAAACAAAUCAUUACAGAUCCAAGAGUAUAAUAAUACAUCAAGCAUAGUACACUUUUGAGUUAAAAGAGUAUCAUUGUGCAAUUUCUAUUAUUAUAUGUAUUGACUAUGAUUACUACUAGAAUACAAGCACGAAUUAAUCCGAUAAUCUACCAUACAUGAUAUGUAAGCAUGUACUAAGCCAAUCAAGGAUUCUAUCUAAUAUGAUUAACAUUGAUAAUCAUUUCACCUAAACAAGCAUUAUCAAAAAAAUGAAAACUAGCAGUUACAGAGAGAUUGCUUCCUCAGGGUGCAACAUGAAAUGAUGAAACCCAGAAAACGAAUGCUUCUUUUGGGGAAAGGUAUUAAUAGGUCAAAAGGCAGAACCUUGCCCACAAAAUCAUAUAUUGUAUGCUCAUGCUCCUAAAAACUUAUUAUCAACAGUCCAUGUUACACAUCAUGACAACUGAACAAAGCAGCAGACAGCAAAAGGGAAAAAGAAAUCAUCACCAACUCUCCUCCUCUCUUCUCUAUAAAAGUCUCUCUUUUACAGUAACAAGCUGAAAUCCACUGAAUAGGACAAGUCUGCCUAGAAUGGACAAUUAUAUUGCUUCUGUUAUAUUAUGGUUCGUCUUGAUAGUAGAAGCUCAGGUUCUACCAAUCACGGCACGAUGGUCGAGUCAAAGAUCCCAGUUCUAUGACUUUAAGGUGCAAAUAACCAGGGUCACAAAGCUCUGCAACACGAAAGACAUAGUCACCGUCAAUGGCUUGUAUCCAGGACCAGUCCUUUAUGCCAAGGAAGAUGACAGGGUGGUGGUCAAAGUUACCAAUGAAUCCCCCUACAACAUCACAAUACACUGGCACGGAGUUCGUCAGAAGCUCUCCUGCUGGUAUGAUGGCCCUUCCUACAUAACCCAAUGCCCUAUCCAACCAGGGCAAACCUUCACCUAUAAGUUCACAAUGGAGAAGCAAAAGGGAACCCUUCUAUGGCAUGCUCACUCCUCCUGGCUUCGUGGCACUGUGUACGGCGCCAUUGUUGCAUAUCCCAAAACUAGAGUACCUUACUCUUUCAAGGGCUCAUAUGAAGAACAUAUCAUAAUUCUAGGAGAAUAUUGGCUGAAGGACCUUGUGCAGCUCGAGCAUGAUGCUCUAUCAAGUGGCGGAAGUCCUCCACCAGCAGAUGCUUUCACCAUCAAUGGUCAUCCAGGACCCAACUACAAUUGCUCAAUUAAUGACACGUAUAAGCUAGAUGUUCUUCCAGGAAAGACCUAUCUACUAAGGAUAAUCAAUGCAGCCCUCAACAUGGAGCAGUUCUUUGCCAUUGCCAAGCACAACCUAACUAUAGUUGAAGCUGAUGGGGCAUACACAAAGCCAUUAACUGUGAGCCAAGUCAUGCUUGGUCCUGGCCAAACCAUUAAUGCUCUCGUAACAACUGAUCAGCAGAUAGGCAGAUAUUCCAUGUCAGUGGGUCCUUACAUGUCUGCUAGGAAUGUCUCAUUCCAAAACAUUUCCUCCAUCGCUUACCUCCAAUACUCAGGCUCUACUCCAUACAACUACCCUUUAUUCGCCCCAUUGCCAAGCUUCAAUGACACCCUGGUCAUCAGAACUGUCAUGGAUGGCCUCCGAAGCUUGGGCCCUGUAUACCCCCCAAUGGAGAUUGACACCAACCUUUUCAUCACUAUUGGACUCAACGUACAGAAAUGCACCUCCAAGACACCCUUGCAAAAUUGCAAGGGAAUCAAUGGAGGGGUGAUGGCAGCCUCAAUGAACAAUGUGAGCUUUGUAAUGCCAAACAUCUCCCUCCUCGAGGCAUACUACAAGAAGAUCAAUGGGCAUUUCACAGAGGAUUUUCCUGAAUACCCACUAAAGGUCUAUGAUUUUGUUAAUCAGGCCCCUAAUGACAUCCCUACUGACACUCAGUCCAUCACUGGGACCAGAACCAAGGUUAUUGAAUACGGGUCUAGAGUGCAGAUAAUCCUACAGGACACAGGGACUGUGACAACAGAGAACCAUCCCAUUCAUCUUCAUGGCCACAGCUUCUAUGUGGUGGGAUAUGGUGCAGGGAAUUACGACCCACAAGCUGCAUCCUUCAACUUAGUAGAUCCACCUUACCUGAACACCAUAGGAGUACCUACAGGUGGGUGGGCAGCAAUUCGGUUUGUUGCAGAUAAUCCAGGGGUCUGGUUCAUGCAUUGUCACAUGGAAGUGCAUAUGUCUUGGGGUCUAUCUGUGGUGCUCAUAGUGAAGAAUGGUCAAGGCAAGCAAGAGGUACUUCCUCAUCCUCCAUAUGAUCAACCAAGAUGCUAGGAUGAAAAGAAGACUUUACUCUUUCUACGAGCUAAGAAGCCGUAUCCUAUAGUUCUAACUUUUACGGAAGUUUAAUCUCCCCUUUCCCCUUUUUCAGAAAGGGGUGAGUGGUACAUCAGAUCUGAUUCAACUUAAAUAUAGUGGAAGGUAGAAACAGAAAUACUUGGUAAGUACCAGCAUUUCUUUUUCUACUUUUUUUUUCUUUUUAAAAUUUUUAUGAAGGAGAUGAGAAGGGGGGACAGGAGAAGGGUGAAUUUGAUUAUUGGCUUUGGGAUUUUUUAGAGACAGAGUUAUAGAAGAAUUGAAGAAUCAAACAUGACUUCAGUUGUCUUUGCAAAUUUUGCCUACUAACAUACAGUCUUUAAUGAUGUAAGUUGGAUCAGUAUAUUUCUAAGCUAAAAAUGUUUCUAACUG